AUGGAUCGCCCGGAGCCAGAGAACAGCCCCUUUACAGCGGUUUCCGCGCAUACCUCAAGGUUGAGAAGACAAUACCAAGCAUAUCUCGAUGCGUCGACCCCAUAUACCAUGUACCGCUGGAUAGGAACCGGCGUCAUGCUAUUGCUUUUCUUUCUCCGAAUAGUGCUCGCGCAGGGCUGGUAUAUUGUCGCCUAUACCCUGGGAAUCUACCUACUCAACCUCUUCCUCGCAUUCCUCCAACCAAAAUUCGAUCCUUCUCUUACCCAGGAUAGCGGGUUAGAGGAAGGAGACGCUUCUGCUUCUCUCCCCGUCAACAAAGAUGAGGAGUUCCGUCCUUUUAUCCGAAGACUUCCGGAAUUCAAGUUUUGGCAUUCUGCGACUGUGGCUAUCACCCUUGCUUUCUGCUGCACCUGGUCCCAGGUGUUCAAUAUCCCAGUUUUCUGGCCAAUCUUGGUCGUAUACUGGUUGAUUCUGUUCUGCUUGACGAUGCGACGACAAAUACAACACAUGAUUAAAUAUCGUUACGUCCCCUUCACCUUUGGCAAGACCAAGUAUGGCCGCUCCUGA